GUACAUGCGCAUUGCCGACCCUAUCACUUCGCACCCUCGUUAGAGCUCUGGCAACCUUAUUUUAAUCUUAUGUUAGAUAGGACGGUAUAGUACAAUAGGUAUUAUUUAUUCAUUCUAUGUAAAUAACAUUAUUUUUGUACCAAUCCAUCGUAUUACUUAUUAAAUGAAAGACACGCACGACUGACUUUAGCAUAACUCCGGCUUUUUAUAAACACAUGUGCGAAAAAGAACGCCGAAAACCAAUUUCAAACCAAACUAGGACAAAAAGUGAUUGUGAAGAUUUGGAAUUGCAAUUUUCCAGAGUAUUGUGAUAUAAUAAAUCAAUAUAUUAUAAAUAAACAUUAACAAAAAGUGUUCACGGCUUACGCAAGGGCCUUGUGACAAGGCUGAAUGUAUUGCAUUUUUUGCGUUAUAGAUUAAUAACAGCGGCGUUUAAAAGACUGAUAAAAUAAUCAUACACAAAUAUUACAUGGAUUAGGAAGAUUACAAGCGUUUUAUCUAUCGUAUGUUGCAGUGAUAAAAUUUAAGCUAAAAGUGAUUAGAAACAUGACCGCGCACGAUAUAGUUAGAAAUCCGAGUGAAGAACCUAAAGUGAUGAUUCCGGGAAGUGUAAUGGACAGCCCGAAUGUUACCGAGGAUGAUGAAAAAGUGCCGUUAAAAGUGUAUAAAUAUAGAUGGGUAAUUUUAUUACUUUUUGUGAUGUUUUCGGCAUCGAACGCGAUGCAAUGGACGCAGUAUACGAUUAUAAGUGAUGUGGUUUCUGAUUAUUAUGGUGUACCAUCGACGCUGGUGUCGUGGACGUCCAUUAUAUAUAUGGUUACAUAUGUGCCUUUGAUAUUUCCCGCUAGCUGGCUUUUGGAUAAAACGGGUCUCCGCGUGACAACCAUCAUCGGUUCCUUCGGGACAUGUCUGGGCGCAUGGCUGAAGGUGUUCUCCGUGCCUCAGGACAUGUUCUGGUUGGGCUUCACGGGACAGACCAUUGUGGCUAUCUCCCAGGUGUUCAUCCUGAACGUGCCCCCUCGAUUGGCUGCGGUGUGGUUUGGGGCUGACCAGGUUUCACUGGCUUGCAGUAUUGGAGUUUUCGGCAAUCAGCUCGGUGUGGCACUCGGCUUCGUGCUGCCCCCAAUGUUCGUUAAAGCCGGUGGCACCAUCGAACAAAUCGCGGCUGACUUCCAGUUCAUGUUCUACCUGGUUGCUGGGGUUACCAGCGUGCUCUUCGUUUUCAUCUUGUUGUUCUUCAAACGAGCCCCUGCUACGCCGCCCUCAGCUGCCGCCGAUCUUGGCGCCAGUUUGGAUUCGAACUUCCUCCACUCCGUCAAGAAACUCUUCACCAACCGCAAUUAUAACCUGCUGCUCAUCUCUUACGGACUCAAUGUUGGCGUGUUCUACGCUAUAUCGACACUGCUCAAUGAAGUUGUGCUGAAAUUCUUCCCUGGUGCCAACGAAGACGUCGGCCGCAUCGGCCUCAUGAUCGUCGUCGCCGGCAUGCUGGGCUCCGUCAUCUGCGGUUUUAUCCUCGACAAGACGCACAAGUUCAAGGAGACGACCCUCGCGCUGUAUGCAGCAUCAGUAGUCGGAAUGGUCAUAUUCACGUUCACGCUUGACUGCGGGGAGAUCGCUGUGGUAUACUUCAGCGCCAUCAUACUUGGGUUCUUCAUGAACGGGUAUCUGCCGGUUGGGUUCGAGUUUGCCUCCGAAAUCACCUACCCUGAGCCUGAAGGGACCACGUCUGGGAUUCUUAAUGCUGCUGUUCAGUUAUUCGGCAUCGUCCUGACCCUCCUCUACGAAUGGAUGCUAAAAGUCACCGACACCCGUUGGUCCAACCUCACCCUUUGCGGAUUGCUUGCUCUGGGCACGGCCAUCACGGCAGCCAUUAGCUCAGAUCUGCGACGGCAGGCUGCUGAACAGAAGAAGUAAACCGUACGGGUGUGAUAAUAGGGUUUUAUUUUAAAUGUGGAUGCUAAUAUGGGUGUACAAUCUUUAUUUUUGAGUUUAUAGGGGUUGUGGAGUCAAUCAACUUAUUGCUGUCCCUUGAGCCAGAGGAUAUAGAUGCAAAAUUUGUUUUAAACAGUUAUCCAAAAAUCACCAGAAACGGUUUGUUUGAUGCGAUAAAAUUCCAUGUAUUGGCAAUUGUUAAAGUCUGACCCAAGCCUCGUAAACCAUGGAAAACAGGUGUACAAAUAGUUGAUAUACCCACAACCCUUUCGCUGGUCACUUUCUGUUAUCUUGCUUAUGAUAAGCUGUUGAGCGAAUUUAAGCUAUUUGUUGAUGGAAAAAAGGUUUAUUUUGUAAUGAAAAUUGAGUGUUUAUUUUAGUAAAUUAUUGUUUGUUAGUUCCGAUUUGCUAUUUUCUGCAAACUGCUUUUGACAGGGUGGGUUUUAAGAAAAUGAAGUGGUUGUUAAGAGAGACCCCACACUAGUAGCGCCUUUUGAUCAUCGGUGUCUACUCAGCGCCAGGGAGAGGAACUUAGGUAUAUGAAUUAUGACAACCCUAAAUAACCGAACGGGAUAGUCCCAUACAUUAGAAAGGGACAGCAUGAAUCGGCCCUGAAUCGUUUUCAAACGUCGGUUUUGUAGGAAGUUUAUUAUAUUUCCUGCGCUAUGGAUGAUGAUGUCGCUGCGCAGUUGCGCCAACGUUGCGUCGAGCAGAGCAGAGGAGACGCUAGUGUGGGGUCUUUCUAAAUAUGUAUAUAUUUUAUAACUUAGUUAAGUUAUUUAACAGAAUGCAAAAUAUAAACUGCAUCCUGAUUUAAAAACUCAGUUUUUUUAAAUGACAAUCUGCAAAAUUUAAACGAAUGUGUAGGAAGUUGAAAAAUGUUUAAGCCUAUCAAAACUUCGGAAAUCGAUUUUUAAAAGUUUUAAUAUUGCCUCAAGAAGUUUUAUGAUUAUAUCCCAAGUGUUAUUUUUACUUAUUACACCUUCGAAUAUCUGCACUUGUUGAAUUACGCAAAAUUAAAAAUAAAUAUACUUGGUCAAGCAAAUCUUGUCAGUAGCAAAAGGGGGCAAAUUUGAAAAAUCACGGGUUAGAAAACAUGUUGGCAACACUGUCUUCGAAUAAUUCCAAAGUCGCGUGUCAUCUGUGUUUUAUCUGUGGAAUGUGGAUAGUGAAUUAGUGAAUGACAGCCAUCAUGUUUGUUUGCAUUCUGAAUCGUUGCUGUUUCAAGAGAAAUUUCUGCUGUCACCAAUAAAUACCAAUAUAUUAAAUAAGCUUGUGCAUGAACUUAAGCAAAGUCAAGGUGCCUACAAUAUACAAUCACGCUCGUUGAUCUUAAAUAAUCGUAAAAUUUGAGGUUAUAAUCAUUACAUGUUUUGGUUCGAUGUACAUUGCUGCUUUUCUUAGCGCAAUACUAACGCAAUACUGCUUAUUGGGUGUUGCCCUACUUCACUUUGCUGUACAUUGCUACUGACAUACAGACAUACAUUGUUUGACAGACUAUUAUGUUACCUACAAAGCAAAGCUAGAGAUUCUUCUUGGUAUGCAUUUAUACGAAUUCAAGUAUUUAGACUUAGCAUUUAAAAAGAUUAUACCUAUACAUUAAAUCAGCUAAAUGUUAUAUAUAAUAAUAUGCAUUUAGGUACCUACCGAUUUUGUUUAGGAAUGUAUACAAAAAAUAAACAUAUUUAUGUAUAUUUAAAAAUAUAGGUAAGUACAUUAUGGUAGCUUAGGGUAAUUUCGAAUGAUGGGUUAAACCAUAUACCUACUUGAGAAUGUUAACUUUAAUUGCGGAUUGUUUUCAAUAAUUUUAUAUUAUUUAUUGUAAUUAUGAUCAAUGUUUGAAAUUCCACGGUUUUUAUUUUUUGGAAUUACCGUAUUGUUUUACACUAUCUUAAGGUAUUUACUAUAUGGAAUUUGUGAAUUUUAAUGUAUUCAUAGACUAGUAAAAUCGAUAUGUCGUAAUCGUGACAAUAAAAGGUGUGACCGCGACCAAAGGAAGUAUUUUACCGAAACGUUUUUAAAAUUAAAUGUAUCGCGUUGGUAGCUACUAAAAAUUCUCGAUGUCUGUAGUUAUUGAAAUGUAAUAACUAUUUUAAUAUAGUAUUCACGUGUAUUUAAGAUUAACUAUAUAAGGCCAGAAAAUAGGGAAGAUAGGUUAUUGCGUGGAAACCGCCAAGAAGGCAAUACGGUCCCGAAAGGGGUGAUUUUAUUAGUAAUAUAUUCUUAUUUUAAUUAUAAUUGUUAAAAGGUUAAUUUAUACUGACAGCUCAAAAGCAUCGAAAGCGAAAAUAAAGCUCAUCAGGGUCCGUAGGGGACAAAAUGUACAUACAGUGGAUUUCGGAUAUAACGACGACGAAGAGACCACGGUAAUUUCGUCGUCAUAUCUGGAAGUCGUUAUAGGCAAAGGUAAAGAGAUAAAGGUUAAAGACACGUAUGAAUAAAUUUAACUCCGAAACGUAGUUUGUUUCGAACAAGUGUUCACGCUAUAUACCUACCUAGCUAAUUUCUACCUGUAAACGAAACAGUUGCUAAACAUCUGUGGAUAAGAUAAAAAAACAAAAGAUAAGAAAUUAAAGCUCUUUGUCCUUUGACGACCGAGUCUGGUCACAGUAUCUGCAUGGGAUUUCUAAGAAUUUGUUACAAAUGGUUCUUUAAAAACCGUCGCUACACACGAAUUCAGCGUUAUACCUGAAGUCGCUAUUAUAUCCACAUGAAUCUUGUACUAAAGUAUGCUUUAAACUCAUGGGACUUGGAUUUAACGUCACUAUAUACAAAUGGUCGCUAUAACCAAGGUCGUUAUAAAUGAAAUCCACUGUAUAAAUAAUAAUAAUAAUAAUAAUUUAGCCUAUAUACGUCCCACUGCUGGGCACAGGCCUCCUCUCAUGCGCGAGAGGGCCACUGUAUAUGUUUUUUUAUUAGUUUUAUUGUAAGAAACAUUUUUAUGACUAUAAGCAUUUACGCCAUAACAGCUUUUGUUAUUAUAUAAAACAAAUAAAAGGGAUGUGAUUUGUCGCCAAAGGCAAUAUUAAUAUACACGAAAAUGACAAACUCAGAAUGUCUAGAAGGGUUUAUCUUAUAUGUUGAAAUGGGGUAGCUCGAUGAGUCAGAUUAGAUUAGCUACGCCAAAUAAGACGCUUUCUCAAGGCCAUUGAUAAAUGCGGCUGUGACAAUUACGUGUAUCAUUGUCCUAAUAUAUCAGGAAGGAAUCAAGAAAUAUUUUUUUGAACUGCUGUCAGCAAGGGCGUAGCAGCCAGUGAACUAGGGGGGGCAAGUUUAUAGGCAUAAGGAGAGGGGGAGGGGGCAUCGCCACAGAGGGGCAUACAUUGUAUGUAAAAUUUGAGCACUAGAAGCUCAAAGCUAGGUAGCUCAAAGGAGCUACCUGCCUACGCCCAUGGCUGUCAGUUUUCUUUGCCUAAUACUUACUGAAUAUGUCUCGUGUGUAGUUGUUGUAAUUACAAGACAUAAUUAUAUUCGAAAAUGGUUGGUUACAAAUGGUUACCAUAUAAAGAAAAAAGUCAGUACGGAUAGGAGGGGCUGUGGGAUUAGUGUGGCUGGAAUUCACAUUGGGGCCUAUCAUCAUCAUACUAUCCUGGCCGGUGUCGACAACGGCGACUGUUUAGUACUGGGUUAAUGAGAACUACGUUCGUAAGCUCUCAGGUGGCUGACUUAACCGAUUUUCGCCGCAAAUGUAGGUGAGCACCCCUCCGACAAAAUUGUUAUUGAUGACCGCAGAUGGUCGGGCCUUUAACUCGUCACGUUUCGCAUCGAGUUCCACUCGCCUCUGCUCUUCGAAGGCUUGCACUUUUGUCCUCACUAUAUGCUUCCACUUCAGCCGAUCUUGUGCCAAAGUCUCCCAUUGUUGGGGCCUAUAUUUACACAUUGAUUAGGUAGCAUUAUAAGUCCAUGUAUUUUCCACAAACGUAAGUGAAAUGUAUGAACUCGCAAAAACAAUCAAUUUGUAAGCAGGCCUCAAUGGAAGGACAGCCACACGUACCAGUAUUGACCUCACUAAAAGGUUACCAGUACCUAUGCAUAUUUUAUUUUAAGGUUAUAUCUACUUAUAAAUUGUAUGUCGGCCUAAAAGGCCUAAUAAUAUUAGAGAGUAGUUGCCUAUUACAGGCUGUUUCCAAUAUCUUGUGAUUUUGGUGUUAGGUUAGAUUUAUAUUAUAAUCUUAGUAAAAAAGAAAAAAAUAUGGUUUGUACGCGAUGCAUUGAAAGCUUGAAAGACGUGUAAUGUAAGCCUUGUUUAAUAUAUACAAUAGCUAUUGUUUCAUAGUUCUUGUAAUCAAGCGAUAAUGAUAAGAAUUUUACCUAUUUAUUAAUUGUUCUUAAACUUCUUCAGUAUAAAUUCUAUGUACUAAAAUGACAAAUUGGAACAGUAUUACUGUUAUUUUUGUAUCUCGCAUGCAAUAAAAAUAGAGGACAUGUAUGUAGGUACUAUAAUUAGCUGCUGAAUUGCAAUGAAUGUCUUCUAAAUAUUUUUGUCACCUAUUAACACAUUCAAUCCUACCGUACCGAUCCUUUAGGCGGGUUUUCUGUUCGUAAGCUCUAAAGCGGAAAAACCGUAUCGACUACGAGCGUAGAGCUCGCCCUGGCAGUGCGUAUGAGCUAAUGACUGUUUUUCACUUAAACAUGCAGGGAAAUGUAUAUUUUUAUUAAUGGAAAAGUAUAAUAUUACAAAUAUUAAGUUAUUUUUUUUAUAUAUUGUGAUUGUCGUGACCUACUUUAUUUUUUAAUUGCGAGUUUUUUUUUUAUAUCAGUGAUAUAUUUGGGUAUAAGAUAUUAUGUUGCAAUUUUUAAUGAUUGUAGAGUUUAAUAAGUUAUAGAAAGCGCCCUUCCUAUAAAAUACAGUACAUUCCGAAGUUACCCAAUUUAAUUACUAAUGUUGUAAAUAAUAAUAAAUAUUUGUGUAGGUAUAUAAAAAACCGUAUAUUUAUAUAUAUUUAUUGUACCGAAAACUAUUUUGAGGAGUAUUAGACUACUAGUUCUAAUUUAUGCCUAAUAAAAUAAGUACAUCAAAUCGUUCAGACUCAGAUCGGUAUACAAUGGUAGAAAUAUUCGAUUUUAAAUGUGAAAUAAGACAAUAAUUAUCUAAACCUUAUAUUGUAAUAAUAUUUACGAUUUUAUGAAAAAUAAAGUAGAACAAACGUUUUAAUCAAUAAACCAAUGAAAUUCAGAAGUGGUAUAAGCAGUAAGUCAAUAUUUCUAAAGUUAAAGAAUCAUAUAGAUAUAUUUCUGAGGAAGGGUUUAUCAGCAAAACUACAUUUUAAUUCAUUUAAAUAUUUUAGCAAAAUUACGGAACGUUUUUUUGGAUUGCCCUUCUCAAACACAUAAAUGAAAAAAUAAAACACAAGUUAUUGAUGAACAGAUCUGCUGCAAAUUACACCAAAAUAUUAAAAAAAAUCCUUUACUGCACAUACCAUUUUCUUUUAAAAUUUUGUAUUCCAAGUAAAGUUUUUUAAACUACGUAAUUAUUUUCUUUUGUAACAAUGAUAGCAUUGUCAAUUUUGAAAUUUUUAGACAUUACUGUUGUAGUAGAUCUUGGCAAUUUUUAACAUUACCCCCCCUUCCGAAAUUACCCUAAUGUACUUAUUCCCAUAUUUUUUAAUUUUACGACAAAUGUUAAAAUCAUAAUUUGCUGGACAAAAUUCAUUCAUAUUAUACAUUUACGUAUUUCUCUUAGUCUUGAAGAAAUUAGGGAAAACAGCGUGUGAACGAGUUUGAUGAGAUUUUUUAAAGGAGAAAUAUCUUCAGGAUGGAAAAAUUAACACUAUAGGUUAGGUACAUUUACAUUCUUCCCGAAGAUAGCAACGCGAUUUUAUAAGUACUGGGCUAUUAUAACCGCGAAAACCGAAGUUCGUCUAUUGCGGGCACUUUCCUCUGUGACUCUAUUUACGUUUUAGUGAGAGUAAAAGAGAAAGAUGCCAAAUUUCGGUUUUCGCGGUAGGCAAGGGCCGUGCAUAAAUAAAGCUAAAUGAUCGAUACAAUUGUAUGUCAAUGUUACCCAGUGCUAGAUUCCUCAUUUAUGUUAAUUAUGUUACCUAGACGUAUAUUUAUGUAGAUUGAUGUCGUAAUAUUUUAGUCACUAAGUGUGUUGUUGUUUUAAUAAAAUUUGUUGAUAGAC